UCGUCGGCGGCGAAGCAUCGACCCCGCUAGGCCCGCGCUUCCGGGCAGCCCCGACGAGCACCCCCGCCUCGAACCAGAUCCAGACGCGCGGGGAUGGAGGCCUCCAGGUUCGGCUUCCAGACGGCGCCGGCGUUCAAGUUCGACCCGACGGACGCCGACCUCGUCGCCCACUACCUCCUCCCGCGCGCGGUCGGCGUCCGCGACCCGCCCUUCGCCCACGCCAUCAUCGACGACGACCCGGCCAGCCUCCCGCCGGCCGACCUGUUCGCGAAGCACGGCCACGGCGGCAGCCACCACGCCUUCUUCCUGCAGACCACCGACGACGCGCCGGAGAGCCGCGAGCGCGGCGUAAAGGGUGGCGCCGGAGGCCGGUGGCGCGGCCAGAAGGCCUCCGUCGAGACCGUCACCCUGGUCCACCCCGGUGGCGGCGAGCUGGACAUCCAGUACAGGCGCUCCGAGCUCACCUAUGAAGGCGACGCGGGAGAGGGGGAGGACGCUGGCGCCGCCGCGAACACCACCGGCUGGGUCAUGCACGAGUACCAGAUCGUGUCGCCGCCGCUCCUGGCGACAGUGCUCAGCCGCAUCAGCAAGGCCAGGGAGGACCAGCAGCCGGCCACCGCCGCCGCUGCUCAAAACUGAGAUCUUUGGUACUACUGCUGAUCAGGGAGGGCUGCCAACAUUGUAACUAGGCAGGAGAGCUACACAUAGGAUAGGAUAUUUCUGGCACUUGAAUACUUGAUCUUACUAGUGUUUAUGUCAAACAUACCCAUGAUAUAUUUUUCUUUGUUUCACACAUCGCGCGUGCACAUUGUGAUAUUAUAUAGAGUAUAAACCAGUAAUUGGUCAUGGCUUA